AAGGUAUUUUACCCUAAUAAGUAAUAAUGAAAAAAUUGAUAUGUCAUUUUGCCGAACUGCCCAGCCGCCUGGCCUUACCAACAUUUCUUAGUUUCUUCACUGUACUCCGUUCAUUCUCUCGCCGCCCAUGAUGCUUCCUUCCCUCAGUGUAUCUCCACAGGCAUUUCGGCCGUCGUUCUCCCCUGCAGCCGUGGCUUCUCCGACGCUCAGGUUUUUCCGUGUGAGAUCAAUGUCGUCAAUGUCAGCAGCAUCGCCACUUCAACAACGUCAAUCAUCUGCUUCUUCCUCUCAGAAUCUAGACCUCUCCAUUAUGGUAAAUGGAUGCUCUGGAAAGAUGGGACAGGCUGUUAUCAAAGCUGCUGACUCUGCUGGCGUCAAUGUUGUGCCAGUGUCAUUUGGUUCCUUGGAGGAAUCUGGACAAACUAUACAAGCAUCUGGAAAGGAUAUUUUGGUUCAUGGCCCUUUAGACAGGGAAAAUGUACUUGCAUCAGUUUUUGAUGAAUAUCCAAAUUUGAUCGUGGUGGACUAUACUGUGCCUUCUGCUGUGAAUGAUAAUGCAGAGCUUUACUGCAAAGUUGGAGUUCCCUUUGUGAUGGGAACAACCGGUGGAGAUAGAGAUCGGUUGUAUAAAACGGUGGAUGACUCAAAGGUUUAUGCUGUAAUCUCCCCACAAAUGGGCAAGCAGGUCGUUGCCUUCCUUGCAGCUAUGGAAAUAAUGGCUGAGCAGUUUCCUGGGGCCUUCUCUGGUUACUCUCUGGAGGUGAUGGAGUCUCAUCAAGCAAGCAAGGUGGAUGCAUCUGGGACUGCCAAAGCAGUCAUUUCUUGCUUCCAGAAAUUAGGUGUCCCUUUUGAUGUGGAUCAGAUAAAAUUGAUCCGGGAUCCCAAGCAACAGAUUGAAAUGGUGGGAGUCCCAGAGGAGCAUUUAUCUGGUCACGCAUUCCAUAUGUAUCAUUUGACAUCACCAGACAAGACAGUUUCUUUUGAGUUUCAGCAUAAUGUUUGUGGUAGGUCAAUUUAUGCGGAGGGCACAGUUGAUGCCGUUCUUUUCCUUGCCAAAAAAAUUCAGUUGAAGGCAGACAAGCGGAUAUACAAUAUGAUCGAUGUAUUGCGAGAGGGUAACAUGAGAUGAGACAAGAAGUGGACCUCAUACAAUGUCAUUUACAAUAAUAAUAUCUGAGGUUGGGGAUUUAUGGAAUUUUUGUCAAAAGGGGAAAUGGAUUUUAGAAUUUAACCAAUGAUUAAAGUUAUACUUGUUAUCUAUGUUAUCUUUUACCACCAUCUCAUGCUGGGACCUACUAGGCAAUUUCAAGCCAUGAAAUCUUCAUAUUGUUGAAGCAGUCAUCAUAAUGAAUAUGAGCUCAACUACAUGGAGUGUACAGAGAUGCUCGUGAUGGUGCAUAGUUCGAACUCGUUGCUGUUUGUUGAAUUGAGAUCAUCGAGUAGUUUGAAUUCUCCCGGAUCUAUAUAUGCAGGUACUGUUUCCUACCACUUAGCUAAGCAGGAAAGGAUGUUAGAAGUUGGUGUUUGUUUCUAUUUUUCAACAAAUUUUGUUCCAAAAAAGAGAAACCUCUGGUGGUUGUUUCAGUUGUAAUGAAAUAUUUGGAAUCAUAUAUAGCUUCUCUACCCUUUCCCCUUUGUUCAA